AAGUUCAUUAUCAACAACAAUGUCCUUUAAAGUUUUAUUGGUUCUUAGUGCUUUUGUAGCCAUAAUUUCAGCCAACGUGGCUGAUAAUGGUGCACAUAGUAUAAAAAGUUGUGAUACAGCCAAUGCUAAUACUUUGGUUUAUCAAACUUCAGUAUAUGAAGACCCAAAGUUCCUUACAAAAAUUAGGAGAACCGUUACUUGGCCAGCAUUAUCAAUUAAUAAUGCAGAAAUUACUUGUAUUAUGGCUAUUGAUCUGGACACCCAUGGGAAUGGAGGUUAUGCUUCAAUAACUUCCGGAGGUAUUCAUGAAAAGGAAGUGGAAAUUAAAAUAAUAUCCCAAUUGGGCAAAGGAUUGAACUACAUGAUCAGCAUUUACACUGCGUAAUUGUGUUUUCAAAGAUAAGAUAAUAAAAUUUGAAGGUUU